AUGGGAGAGAGGUGGAGGGGAAUCCAGAACCAUCCCCCAGCCCUCUCUCCUCCAGCUCAUUCACUUGUUCAAUCUGUACUAGCAAGUUACUAUGUGAACCCCAGGAAGACCAUCUGCAAUUUUGUGUGUGACUUCUGGGACUGCUCUGAUGAAAACCAGUGUGGUUACCACCAAGAGUCUCCUUCCCUGCAUGCCCCUUUCACCUGUGACUUUGAGCAAGAUACCUGUGGCUGGCAGGACAUCAGUACUUCUGGCUACCGCUGGCUCCGGGACCAGGCAGGGUCAUCCUUUGGGAAUCCAGAGCUCUAUGCAGACCACACAUUUGGCACUGACCUGGGCUGGUAUAUGGCUGUAGGCACCCACCAAGGAAAGGAACCAGCCACAGCUGCCUUGCGCUCCCCUGUCCUCCAUGAGGCAGCAGCCACCUGUGAAAUAAGGCUCUGGUACCAUGGAAAUAUCCAAGAUGUGGUCGAGCUUCGAAUGGAACUAACACACAACUCAGAAACGCUCGUGUUGUGGCAAAGCUUAGGGCAAUUAGGAGGAAGCGGCUGGCAAGAGCUGGUGGUGGCCACAGGCCGGGUUCAGGGAGACUUCUGGGUCACCAUCUCUGCUACACGUAAUGCCACACAUAGGGGGGCUGUGACCCUGGAUGACGUGGAAUUCUGGAACUGUGGCCUCCCUUCUCCUCAGAACAGCUGCACCAGAUACCAACACCACUGUAACAAUUAUGCCUGCGUGGCCUUGACUCAGCUGUGUGACGGGGAAGACAACUGUGGGGAUGCCUCUGAUGAGGAUAGACAGGCCUGCAUUAGCCAUGAAGUGACAGACUUUGAAAAUGGUCUCGGUGAGUGGACAAACACAGCAGGGUGGGUGAUAACCCAAGGUUCGGAAGCCUCUGUAGCCUCAGCUGCGCCAAUCCGAGACCACAGCAAGAACAGUGCAUCAGGCUCUUUUCUGCUCUCCAAGGCGGAUCAAGGAACUCCUGCUGUCCUGGUUAGCUCAGUGUUCCAUCCUUCAAGUACCAACAGCUGUUUGCUCACAUUCUAUUACUACCUGCACGGCUCUGAGGCUGGAAGCCUACAGCUGUUCCUGCAGAGCCAGGACCCUGACUCACCCCAGACAGACCCCAUACGAACUCGCCAAGGGGAGCUGGGGGCUGCCUGGGUCCGGGACAAGGUCACCAUCUACAGCACGCAUCCCUUCCAGAUCCUCCUGAAGGGAGAAACUGGGCCUGGAGGGGUCGUGGGCCUUGAUGAUCUCAUCCUAAACCAACACUGCAAACGAGUGACCAAGGCUGAAGACACAUCUCCCCCAAAGGCCUCUGCUCCUGGACCCUUGGCUGGUGUGCCCCAGCAUCUCCAGCAGAUCACCAAAAUUGGCUCCAGGACUCAGACUGACAGUUUCUGCGAGCCUGAUCAUUUCUCCUGUGGGGAAUUGUGUCUCCUUCCGGAGCAACUGUGUGACUUUGCGCCCCAGUGUGAAGGGGGUUUGGAUGAACAGAACUGUGGGGGAACAAACUUUGAGUCAGGCCUUGGGGGCUGGGAGGAUGCCAGCGUGGGCCACCUACAGUGGCAGAAGAUCAGUGCUCAAGACAGCUCUGACCCCAGGACCGAUGCUGAAGGGAAUGAAGCUGGACACUUUCUGUCGGUGCAGAGGGCAUGGGGGCAGCUGAUGGGGGUGGCCAAGGCACGUACCCCUGUUCUAGGCCCAUCUGGCCCAGGUUGUACCCUCAAGAUGGUCUAUUACCUUGAGGGCUACCCCCAAGGGUUCUUGGCACUCCAGGUGGUAGAGGAUGGUGCCCAUAAAUUGGCCUGGCACAUUCAGCGAAACAGCAAUGACACAUGGACACAGGUGACAGUGCCACUUGGAGAAAGGAUGAGGCCUUUCCAGCUGGAGCUCCUGGGGAUGGUGGAUUUGAAUGCCCCGGGGACAAAAGGGAUCGGAGUAGAUGAAAUUAGCUUUGUGAACUGUAACCCUAAUGCGACCACAGAGAAGGACACAGAACUCUCAUGCAACUUUGAACGGGACUCCUGUGGCUGGUAUCCUGAGCACAGGACCGAUGCCCUGUGGCAAAGGGCCUCAAUGCAAGGCCCAGGCUACGACCAUACCACCAGCCAAGGCCACUUCAUGUAUUUGGAUCCUACAAUGCCUCCUGCCCGAGGAAAAGGUUCCCGCCUCCUUACAGCCCUCCAGGUUUCCCCAGCUCACAAUGAAUGUCUCUCUUUCUGGUACCACCUCUACGGGCCCCAAAUAGGGACACUGCGCCUGAUGCUAAGACGGGUUGGAGAGGCCGAUACACACUUAUGGGCACGGACAGGCACUCAUGGCAACCAAUGGCACCAAGCCUGGGCCACCCUCUCCCACCCUCCGAACUCUGUCACCAAGUACCAUCUGGUGUUCGAGGCUCACAGGAAUGGGUACCAUGGCAGCAUUGCAGUGGAUGACAUUACCGUGCGGCCGGGUUCCUGCUGGGCUUCUCGACGCUGUUCGUUUGAAAACUCAGCCUGUGGAUUUUUAUCUAGUGGGCAGGGAGCCUGGCAACGACAGGGCAAUGUUACGGGCAGUGCCAUAAGGGGCCCACGUGCAGACCACACUACAGAGACCCCUGAAGGACACUACAUGAUGGUGGACACAAGCCCAAGUGCCCUGCCCCAGGGUCAGGCAGCCUUCCUGACCUCUGAAGAAUACUCACCCCUGGCCCAACCUGGAUGCUUGACUUUCUGGUAUCAUCUGAGCCUUCAGAAUCCAGGCACACUCCGUGUCCACGUGGAAGAGGACAAGAGACGCCAGAUAUUCAGUGUGAGUGCUCAUGGUGGUUUUACCUGGCGCUUGGGCAGUGUGGAUGUCCAGCCUGAAAAAGCAUGGAAGGUGGUAUUUGAGGCGAUUGGAGCUGGAGUGGAGCACACAUACAUUGCUGUGGAUGAUCUACACCUAAAGGAUGGGCCUUGUCCUCAGCCAGGGUCCUGUGACUUUGAAUCAGACAUGUGCAGUUGGAGUCACACACCUUGGCCAGGCCUAGGGGGCUAUAGCUGGGACUGGAGCAGUGGUGCCACACCCUCUAGAUACCUCCAGCCUUCUGUGGACCACACCCUGGGCACUGAAACUGGUCACUUUGCCUUCUUCGACACCAGUGUUCUGGGCCCCGUUGGUCGGGCGGCCUGGCUUCGAAGUGAGCCUCUCCCCCCUACUCCUGUGGGUGGUUCCUGUCUUCGAUUCUGGUAUCACAUGGGCUUUCCGGAGCAUUUCUACAGGGGCGAACUGAAAGUCCUACUAAUUAGCUCCCAGGGUCUGCUGACUUUGUGGGGCACUAGGGGAUAUCUGCGUCACCAGUGGCUUGAAGGAUAUGUCCAGGUGACAAGCCUAGUGGAAUUUCAGAUUGUGUUUGAAGCUACCCUGGGGGGUCAGCCUGUUCUGGGCCCCAUUGCACUGGAUGACAUUGUGUACCAGACAGGGCAGAGCUGUGAGCCACCCAUGCCUGCUAAAGAGGAAUCCUCAAAACCUGUGACGAUACCUGUGACGACGAUCAGCCUUUUGGUCGCUCUGAUCCUGGGGUUGCUUGCCUUUGGUGUUUGGCGCCGGCUGAAGAACGGAGGCUAUCCAUUUGGGACGCAGAAAGAGAACACCGCUUCAUCUGGCUUUGAUAAUGUUGUUUUCAACUCGGAUCAUGUCACCCUGCCCCCAAUUACAGGUGACCAGUAG